AGGAGCCACGUAAAAUAUCUCCUAACGCGCCGGGACCCUACCCCUUGGGUGGUGUGGAAACUUGGGUCACGUUGCAACAAGGACAAACGCACGUGUGGUGGGGGGUACGCUGCGCUUGCAUAUAAGCGACUGCUGCGAAUGUAUCCAGCAUUGUGCAAUCAUGUACAGUUGCAGGCACCUUGUGUUGGCGUUAUCCGUGGGAGUUAUGACUGUGUCUACGGCCUUGAUAGCGAUUCUCUGCCGAGCACGCCUGCCUCCCGGAGUCGGCUACACUCGCUUGAUGCUGAUACUGGUGGGCCUUCUUGUCGUUGCAGCACCCCUCGUUGCUGGUGACGACGACGGACCGCCUCCGCGGAAAGCCCCUCGAUUGGUGGGCAACGACGAUGACCCCCGGCCCGAUCCCCACCCCGAGGUCCAGGACUCCCCAUUGUCGCCUGACCCUGAUGACAGUGUGGAGGAGUAUGACUCGGAUGCCACCGUGGAGAACCUGAUACCCGGUGUAAGUACAAUUGGCUUCCUUGUUUUGUCCGUCUCGUGUUUUUUGCUAUUUUCCUACGGUUUGUUUUUUUUGCAGUCUCCUGCCCCGGUUGAGGACCUUCUGCUGGGACCCUGGGAAGUGUUGGAGGCUGCCAUCACGGGUAUGCCUCUACCACCGUCUCCAUCACCGCCCCGGGCCGCAGCCCGCAGGCUCCCUCUCCAGACGAUGCCGCUUCCUCAGCCGCGGCGACUUCCGAGGAUAAGUAUCGCCCCGGCCCAGGCCCCCUCGACGUCCCGGUCCUCUGGUAAGUCCAAUGUAGCGACCGUCGCCCCGGCCCUCUCGACGUCCCGGUCCUCUGCUGGGCCCAAUGUCGACUCGACCCAACCCUCUACCUCAACGGGUCGAACCGGCGCUUGUAGAAGGCCUCCUACAGCUGCAUCAGGAGUAGAUGUGGCACGGCAGAGGUUACGGGAACUGGUGCUGGACCAUUUCCUUCAAGUAUUUGUUUCGCCGGCGCACGCUCCCGUGGCGUGCACUGUGGGGGCGUUGGUUGCGAUGUCCACCCUGAGGGCCGAGCUCAGGGAUAUGCUCUGGCUCGUCGACCAUCUUCUCGACGAGACGCCCCGUGACCAGAGUCUCGUGAUAGCGUACGCGCUUUGGAGGGAAGUGCGCUCGUCGUUGGAGGGUCUGCUCAUCGGCAUCGGCGAGAGCAUGGAGUCGGCGGCCUCGAGGGAUCCCUACGACAUCGACCCUGAGGAACCGGAACCGUCGCCCCCGGCUAGGCACGUUCGCUGCUGUGUCUGUAUGGACAGAUUGCCGACGGUAGGGUUGAGGCCUUGUGGACACACUCUGUGCCCACAAUGUGCCCAUAGGCUCUUACGUUGUCCAAUCUGUCGGGUGAUCAUCCACGGGAGGAUGCCAUUGUUUUUUUCUUAAAAUUUUUAAAAUAAACAAGUUUUUUUU